GUGACAUGCGCACUGCACGGAGCGCUCACAAGCUGCGGACACAAUGCAGGAAAAUAAAGCCCAGAGCUCGCUUCCUGACAUUUUCCCGUCUCUCAAUAAGCUGUUAUGACUUAUUCCAUUAGGACAGACUCAUUUUUUUCUACUCGGCAAAGGCAAAUCUGCCCCGUGUACUCUCGAAAGUGGUGUGUGUGCUGUGCUUGGAGCUCAGUGGGGACCUGUUGAUCGUCCACAGGCGCUGCAAUGGAGUUGUCAAACAGACAAGUAUGACAUUUAACUGAGGGAAGAAGCGGGAGGAAAUUUUCACUCAUACCGAUCAGUGAGACAACGAUGGAAAUCAUAGAUACCCAGUGUGCCUUGGCGGCGGUGGAGAGACUGCAAGCCAAAUUGAAGGAAAGAGGAGAGGCCCCCACUCAGGAGAAGCUAUCCCUGCUGAAGACUGUCCUGCAGAGCCCACUGUUCCUUCAUAUACUGAGCUUACAGCAAGCCCAACAGAAGCCUGCGGCGAAGGGGAAGGGCAUUUCCAAGUCCGUGUCCAUGAACUGUGGCCCAUGCCAGGGUGAAGCACUGGGCACAAAGACGCUGAGCCACAGUGACUCGUACACAUGGGCCGUGGAGAACAGAAGGCCCAGCUCUGGCAGGGACGGCAGCAUCUCCUCUCAUGGCUCACAGGAGCUGUCCUUCUCAGACAUCUACCCAGAUAACUAUGUUCCAACUGAAUCUCAGUACUGCACUCCACCUCGGAUCUCCCGUACCAUGUCCAUGGGGAGAAACCUUUCUGCUUUUGCACACGAGAGGCGUCAUGUGGAGAUGAUAGAGCUGACCAAUGAUGGGAAAGGACUUGGUUUUGGCAUCAUAGGAGGACGGAGCACAGGAGUCAUGGUCAAGACCAUUCUCCCUGGAGGAGCUGCUGGAAGGGAUAAGCGCCUGCAUAGCGGAGAUCAGAUCCUGCGCAUUGGCGAUACGGAUUUGGCGGGCAUGAACAGCGAGCAGGUGGCACAGGUGCUGCGAAAUGCUGGUACCAGGGUGAAAUUGCUCAUUGCCCGGGAUGGUCCUAAGGACAACCACUGUUCCUCCCCUGUCUUCAACCAGGAAAACCUGGAUGGCAUGGUCAGUGACUUGAAUGAUGACUAUGAGUUCAGUGUGCAGUUCACUAAGAACAAUCGGGGCCUGGGAUUCACCAUCUCUAGCUAUGUAGGUGACCUAAACUCAGUAUACAGUGCCGGCGUGAUGGUGAAGAGCAUAGUAAAAGGCAGCACUGCGGAUCAAGAUGGACGCAUACACAUUGGAGACAUCAUCUUGUCUGUCGAUGGGGUGAGCCUGCAGGGCUGCAGUGAACAGCGUGCCAUGGAAGUGCUGAGGAGGACAGGUCCAUUGGUCAGACUUAGGUUGCUGAGAAAAGCCGUCCGUCUUAGUAACAUCCUGCCUCCAGUUCCUCCUCUGCAGCGCCUCCGACACUCCCACAGCUUCCAUGAAGGGAAUCCCUACAAAUGGGGCCUCAACAAGAUUCAAGAGACAGGCAUUUGCUCUCUGCGUGAAAUCUCCAGGAGAGCAGCAUACGCCAGCAGACGACCCAGACACGAUUCCAAAAACGAUGUGAAACUGACUCCAGCUGAGGAGGAAAACCUGAGAAAGAGGUGGCAGCAAGCAGUGGGACCGCGAUAUGAAGUGGUUGUGUGCCAGCUGGAGCGAUUCAGUGAGACAAGCGGUCUGGGCAUCAGUCUGGAGGCUCGGGCAGGGCAUCACUAUUUGUGUUCCAUUUUACCCGAGGGGCCCGUCGGCCAAAGUGGCAAGAUCUUCAUAGGAGACCAGAUAUUAGAGGUGAAUGGAAUUCCUCUUAUCGGAGAGACGCACAAGGAGGUGGUCAGUAUUUUGAAGGAGCUGCCAGUGCACGUAUACCUUGUGUGCGCUCGCAUUAUACCCCCUUCAGUUCCCAACAGUGAUGUGGAAGACGAUGAUGAUGUCUGUCUCAGCCUGAAAGAGCUGCUGGCUGGGUUCAAUGAUAAGUUGGACCAGGGUUGUGUCAUUCCCUGUCCUACAGCUGAGGACAUCACCAAGCGUGGCGUGCCCCCCAUGUCACCUCCUUUGGCUAUGUGGGAGAGAGAGGCUCAGGUGGUCGAGCUGGAGAAAGGAGAGUCGGGCCUGGGCUUCAGUAUCCUGGACUAUCAGGAUCCAGAAGAUGCUUCUAAAACAGUUCUGGUAAUCCGGUCUUUGGUGCCUGGAGGUGUAGCCGAUCGGGACGGUCGCCUCCUUCCUGGGGACCGGCUCAUGUUUGUCAAUGAAACUGACCUAGAAGGCUCCAGCCUGGAUUAUGCUGUGCAUGUCCUAAAGUCCACAGGCUAUGGCCCUGUCCACAUUGGUGUUGCCAAACCUCUGCCGCUGGAACUGUGCGGUGGCUUAACUCCCAUCUCAGAGAGGAGCACACAGGCUUCCUGCGACGACAAUGACAGCCACACUCAGGUCAGCCUGGUAGCUGAAGCAGCCGAGGCUAACGUCAACGCCACCGCUUCAAACUCAGAGGACAACAGCACCAGUCAGCUGUGUUACACGCUGCAUCAUCGCUUCACCAACAUGGACGAUGACGACAUGCAGCAACCGCCACCACUGCCCCCCCGCACCAGCUUUGAGAGGACAAUCACUGUUGUGCGGGGCAAUCGUAGCCUUGGGAUGACAGUGAGUGCUAUCAAGGACGGUUCAGGCAUGCUGGUGCGCAGUGUGGUCCAGGGGGGGGCUGUUAGCCAGGAUGGCAGGCUCGGGGUGGGGGACGCCAUCUUGGCCAUCAAUGGAAAAUCUACCUCCAACCUGACCAGCGCCAAGGCCAGGGCCAUGCUCCGCAGGCAUUCUGUCAUAGGUCCAGAAAUGAGUAUAACCUAUGUCCCAGCCCACCAGGUGGAUGAACACCGUACUCGACUGUGUUUGCCCCCUCUGGCAUCAGUUGCAACAGAAAGCCCCUCUUCCUCACCCACUCUAGCGACUGCUUCUCCGGAGCCAGCAGCGGACCCAGCUGGAUCCUCGAGUCACCCGGCUUUGUCUAUGCUCAAGCUUUCUUCCUCACUCAAGUUUAAAGCUACAACUCCGGAUCCAACUUCAAUCAGAUCUUCUGCAUCCUUCAGAACUCCUCAUAAAGACCCGGUCACAGUUCCAACCAUCAGCCCAGCCUCAGACUCGAGCUGGCAGAUAGCAAAAUCUCUACCUCUGAAGAGCAAAGAUGGAGACAUUACAGCAGAGAAAAGGGACAAUGUUAAUACAUGUGGAAUGGCAUCAAAGCCAGACGUGGAGAUAAAGGUGGAUGGUGCAGAAGAAGGAAAGGAGGAGGAGCUUCUUUCUACAGUGUCUUGGGACCAGCCUAAAAGUGUGCGACUAACGCGAGCACCAGGUCAGUCCCUAGGUAUCAGCAUAAUGGGAGGUAGAGGCAUGGGCCGAAGACUGAGCAGCGGUGAGAUGAUGAGGGGAGUCUUCAUCAAGAACAUCAGCCCAGACAGCCCGGCAGCACGUAAUGGGACCCUACGGGCUGGAGACAGGAUACUGGAGGUAUGUGGUGUGGACCUGAGAAGUGCCAGCCAUGAGCAAGCAGUGGAGGCCAUCCGCAGAGCUGGAGACACUGUGACCUUUCUAGUGCAGUCUGGACAAGACAGAUCUCAGUCUCCUGCUCUCAUCAACCAUGAAAGACUAACUCCAACACUGCUGUCCAACUCACACAGCAGCAGGGUACCUUCACCAGCAUCCGAUAGAAUGGAUCAGAGAAGCCCUACGAAUUUCACAACACCAGUCACAGGAGCAGUUGAAGAUGCUGACGACUCUGGCAGAAAAAAGAUGCUUCAGCGUUAUGGCAGUCUGUCUGGAAAGCUCCAAAUGAUUGAGCUAGAGAAGGACCCUGCAGCUCGCGGCCUGGGAAUCAGCCUCACGGGCAACAAGGAUGGCUCUAGGGCCCGUAUGGGUGUCUAUGUGGCAGCUAUAGACCCUCUAGGCCCCGCCGGUUUAGAUGGGAGGAUACAGAUCGGGGAUGAGCUUCUAGAGAUUAACGGUCAGAUUUUGUACGGCCGGAGUCACCAGAAUGCCUCCGCCAUCAUCAGUAAUGCUCCAUGUAAAGUCAAGAUCAUUCUCAUCAGAAAUAAAGCAGCUCUAGGUGAAACGGUCCAGGGACUCAGGAAAGACUGUGAGGACACGAUCGACUCCCAGACUGAUACUGGAGGCUGUGGACAAAUCUCCAGUGACAUUGAACACAUUAUUCUACCUCAGGAUUAUGCAGGUCUUGGCCUUUGCUUGGAAGAGGACAACUCUAAGGGAGGAUUGGUGGUCACGUCCCUGAUCCAGCACGGCACUGCCAGCAAGGAUGGCAGGAUAAAGGUUGGAGACAGAAUCGUAGCAGUGGGUGAUGAACCCGUGGCUGGACUGUCAGUAAAAAAGGUGUCCAGUUUGAUUCUCAAACACCGGGUCACUGUCAAGCUCUCCAUCAACCGUUCCAAGAGUCUCUCCUCCUCCUCCUCUUCUUCUCUCAAUCUCCCUGCAUCACUCUCCAGUCCCCGCUCACUCACUCCAGUGUCCUCUCUAAGCCUUCCUGUUGCCUCCUCCUCCUCUUCGUCUCUAAAACCCAUGCAGACCUCUCCAGUGGAACAGUCUGAUUGGCCAGGAUCAGCUCCCACAACUUCCGACCCUGUCAGCUAUCCAAUUGUUGCAGGAAAGGAAACUACCAUAGAGAUUUAUAAAGGAAACGUAGGCCUGGGUCUCAGCAUUGUAGGUGGAUGUGACACUCUGCUGGGGGCAGUAAUAAUCCAUGAAGUGAACGAUGGAGGAGCAGCACAGAGAGAUGGUAGACUGCAGGCUGGAGAUCAGAUAUUAGAGGUAAAUGGCAUAGAUAUGCGGCAGGCCAGUCAUGACGAAGCUAUUGCCGUGCUACGGCUCACCACCCAGCGUGUCCAGCUGUGCGUCUUCAGGCACCAGGAAUCCUACAGGGAGGAGGACCUGUGGGAUGUGUUCAGCCUGGAGCUGAGGCCUCGUCCUGGAGAAGGACUGGGCUUCACUACUGUGGGGAAGAGUAAUGACACUGGCAUCUUUGUGUCAGAUAUCAUCAGAGGAGGUGUAGCAGAUUCGGAUGGCAGGUUGUUGCUAGGUGACCAGAUUCUGUCAAUCAAUGGGGAAGACGUGCGUGCAGCAUCACAGGAGCGUGCACACACGCUUCUGCAGAGUUGCAGUGGAGGAGUCCACCUGGAGGUGGCUCGUUUUAAAGCCGGGGUGCAGUACACACUGCGGAGUCAGGAGUACCUUAAGUUGUGUUUUAUCCAGAGCGAAGACUCUGACUGCUCCACGCUUACACCCUCAAGUGUAUGCGAUGGUUCUUUUGGCCACCAGAGGGAGACAGAUAACAAAAUAGAGAGCUACACAUUCAAAGACUCUGACAUCAGAAAAGUGAUAAUAAAAAAGGGUCCAUACGACUCCUUGGGCAUCAGCGUAGCUGGAGGAGUGGGCAGUCCCCAUGGCAACCUUCCUCUUUUUAUUGCUACCAUGGAUACCAAUGGACUUGCUGCCAAAACACAGAAAUUACAGACGGGAGACAGGAUCCUCAGUAUCAAUGAUGUUUCCACUGAGGGAAUGACUCAUGUCCAUGCUGAAGCCCUGCUCAAGAACACCACUGGAACCAUCAUUUUGCAGGUGGCAGCAGCUUCUCAGGGAUGCAGCACACAGGGUAACAGCGACGUGCGUGCAUGGUCAUUAGGCCAGCCGAGCAGCCUGCCCUGCUUUCACAACAGCCUCUGCGCUCGCAUGUAUAAGACCAUCACUCUGGAGAGAGGCUCCUCAGGUCUCGGCUUCAGCAUUGUAGGAGGUUUUGGCAGCCCUCAUGGAGACCUGCCUAUCUACAUCAAAACUGUCUUUGACAAGGGUGCAGCCAUUGAGGAUGGCAGGUUGAAACGUGGCGAUCAGAUAAUUGCUGUUAAUGGACACUGCCUGGAAGGUGUGACCCACGCUGAAGCUGUGGACAUUCUGAAAAAGACCAAAGGAACUGUCGUCCUCACCGUGCUCUCAUGAGACAACUGCCCACUGUACCUCAAUUUAAUGACAUCUUCCUUAAACAGCUUUGGAGGGCUGUGGUUGUUUCCUGUAAAGCUGUAGAGUGAUUCUCCUCUUGUAGAGGGCACUCUACAUGUCAAAACAAUACAUAUAAUUAUAAGAAGAGUAUUUAAGUCUAAAUUAAAUUGCAUUUAAUUUGUGAACUCUACCUCCAACUGCAAACACAGCUUUGUUGUAUUUACACUCAGUAUUUAAAAAUAUAGUAGAGCAUGUCCAGUUAAAUCCAGUUGAGGAGCCGGGUAUUGGGCCGCCAAGGCCUCCAUCUUGGGCUUUGGGGAUUGGAUGCCUGAGUCCAGUCUGAGUCCCUUCAGAAUGACCACUAAGCUCAGUCAUUCUGGAGGGACUCAGAGUAGAGACGCUACUCCUCCAGUCCAGAAGGCCUAGAAUGCCCUCUAGGUGGGGCUUUUUGUGGCAUGUCUAACUGGCAGGAGACCCCCAGGGUGGACGCAGGACACACUAGAGAGAUUUUAUGCCUUAGGUGGCUUAGGAAAGCCCCAACAAGAGCUGGAGAAAGAAAUUGCUAAGGAGCCCCUGAGACCCUGACCCAGAUGAGCGGAAGAAAAUGGUUGGAUGGAUAGUUUAGCAUUGUUGUGCAUUAUUUUUCAUGUAAGCACACUCAUCAAUACAUUACGUGUUCAUACUAAUAUAUAAAAUUGAAGCCUCAAUUGACAGCAGCCUAGUGCUGGAUUUUGAUUAUUACUUUAACAAACAAACAACUCCUAAAACUCAAAAUAUGCCAACUGCUUCUGCCAAUCUUUUGUAUGGCAAUAGGAUGUCUGCUUUGAAAGACUGUUGUACUUUUCAUUGUUGUGUUCGAAUAAUUAAAAGUGUGUCAUGAUUUCAUGAAUAUUGAAUAUCUUAAGUGGCAUGUUGAUAAUUAGCAAUGAUAACCACCUUAUGUUAAACGGGACAGAGAAUAGGAAAAAAUGCAUUUUGCUGCAUCUGUUAGAAGCAGCUGCUGAGUAUCGACUGUUAUUUACCAGUGUAGUAUUAAUCAGUGUUUUCAUAGUCUUCAACUGUAGCAGCUGUUUUUUUAGGACUUGAUUGUUGAUGUUAAUAGUUCAGUGUGAAAUUAGACACCGUCUCCAUUUUAUAUGAAUUUAUUUACCUGACUUCACAUGGCUGUGAUACUUAUGUUUUCGUCGCUGUAAUUAAUUUCGUUAAUAUAAGAAGUCGCUUCACACUUACAUACACACAUGGAUGCACACACUCGUUUUCAUAUCUUAGUGAGGACAUCUAAUUGACACAAUGUUUUCCCUAGCUGCUUACCCUAACCCUAACCAUCAAAAAUGAAUGCCUAACCCUGACCAUUUGUAUUGGUCCUCACAAAGAUAUAUAAACAUGGUACACACGCACUGGUAUUGUGUAACCAAAUGUUCUGUAAGUGAUCUUAUUAAAUGUUAUUUGUUAAAGUUUUG